CUCCGCACCCGCAACUGGAACGCGACUCAGCACAGCUCCGCCACCAUGACCGAGCGCCGCGUGCCCUUCUCGCUCCUGCGCAGCCCGAGCUGGGACCCGUUCCGCGACUGGUACCCGGCGCCCAGCCGCCUCUUCGACCAGGCUUUCGGGCUGGCGCGGCUGCCCGAGGAGUGGGCUCAGUGGUUCGGCGGCAGCGGCUGGCCGGGCUACGUGCGCCCGCUGCCCGCCGCCGAGGUCCCCGCCGUGGCCGCGCCCGCCUACAGCCGUGCGCUCAGCCGGCAGCUCAGCAGCGGCGUCUCCGAGAUCCGGCACACGGCUGACCGCUGGCGCGUCGCCUUGGACGUCAACCACUUCGCCCCCGAGGAGCUGACGGUCAAGACCAAGGACGGCGUGGUGGAGAUCACCGGCAAGCACGAAGAGAGACAAGACGAGCACGGCUACAUCUCCCGCUGUUUCACCCGGAAGUACACGCUGCCCGCUGGUGUGGACCCCACCCUGGUCUCAUCCUCACUGUCCCCUGAGGGCACACUCACCGUGGAGGCCCCGCUGCCCAAGCCGGCCACGCAGUCAGCGGAGAUCACCAUUCCGGUCACCUUCGAGGCCCGCGCCCAGCUCGGCGGCCCGGAGGCCGGCAAGUCCGAGCCACCCGCGUCCCAGUAGAAACUUCUAGAAACUUCGUGGGCACCACCCCAACCCUUCCCUGCACCCACUUGUAUGCUUUUUUGAUACUGUUAUCUUCUGGUUUUGUUGUUGUUUUGCAAAUAAAGUUGAAAGCAGCUUCU